AUGAAGACGAGCUUGGUGCUUUCGCUUUUAUCAUGCUUCACUGCGUUGAUUCAAGCACAGGCCAUGCCAGCAUGCGCUGCUGAAUGUCUAGGAACUUCGCUCGCGAGCUCCUUAUGCGAUCCUACCGAUGCUGCCUGCAUCUGUGCAGAUGUCCAGUUGAUGACCACCGUGUCGGGCUGCACGCUGACAAGUUGUACUAUCAAGGAGAGUCUAUCUGCGAGAAAUGCCACUGCGACGCUUUGUAGCGAACCUGUUCGCGACAACACCGCCGUUACACCCAUCGUCACCGCAGUUUCUGGUGGUCUCGCUAUCAUUUGUGUCAUACUACGCAUUGCCGACCGCUAUCCUCACUGGGGCAGGCUGCAAUGGGCUGACUUGUGUGUUGUACUGGCUCUGGUUUUCGCUAUUCCGAUGGGUGUCCUCGAGUUCAUCAUGUCGAGUGACGGCUUUGGCAAGGACAUCUGGACCAUUCCUUUCGAUAAAGUCACACGUAUAGUCCAGUUCACAUGGUUGACCGAAAUAUUCUACAUGGCCGUGAUCGGCUUCACCAAAGGUGCAAUCCUCCUGCUCUAUCUACGGGUAUUUCCCACCCCACAAUUCCGGAGAGUCAUCAUUGUCACGCUCGUGAUCACCGCUGCCUAUAUCAUGGCCUUCACUCUGACCGUUGUGUUUCACUGCACUCCGAUCUCGUUCGGGUGGAAUGGCUGGAGCGGUGAAUUCGAGGGCCAUUGUGUCAAUUUCAAUGCUUUUGCUUGGGCACACGCGAUCAUCAACAUCAUUUUCGAUAUUUUCAUCAUCGCUCUACCUAUUCCUGAACUGCUUAAGCUCCACAUUGGCCGUCGCAGGCUCAUUCAUUUGAUACUCAUGUUUUCGGUUGGGUUCUUUAUUACCAUCGUCAGCAUUGUGCGUCUACAAUCUCUGGUUCAAUUUGCAAGCACGACAAACGCUACGUACGACAACGUCCCGACAGCCUAUUGGAGCGUCCUCGAAGCCUUCGUCAGCAUCAUCUGCUGCUGCCUACCGGCAAUCCGGGCACUGCUGAGACGAGUCUUCCCCAACUGCUUCGGCAGCACGGACGCCCACAGCGACGAGCGCACCUACCGCGUCUCCAAGUCUCCCAUGCCCAGUAGCAUCGACUCCAAGAAGAUCAUGGUUGGCCAUCAGGUCACUGUUGCUCCGGCGCCGAGUUCCGGUGGCGACUCGGAUGAUAUUGAACUUGUACCGCACGACGGUGCGGGCAACGCGCAGAAUCAGAGGGAUAGGAGUGGUUGGUAG